UGCGACCAGGGGUGAGGGCAAAAGACUCCUCAUCCUGUCUCUCUCCCGUGUCUUGGGCUGUCUCUGGCUGUUGCUUGUCUCGAGCCCUCCUCUCUAUGGUCUUGGCUUCUGGGUAGCCGCUUGGAGUUGAAACGAACCUCACGUCCCAUUUCUCCAUCUUUCCCUUCUCACCUGCUUCCUUCUGCCCCCGUUGCUUCGCCUGCCACCAUGUAUUCAUAGAGUGGGAGAUUGUGUGUCCAUGGGCGUGUGAAAAGAGUCUUGCACCAAACGAUCAAUGUUCUGACAGGAACCAAAACAAAACAAUACCCUCGAAGAAGCUUUCAACCCAUCAACCAUCACUACACCCGCCGAUGUUCGACACGAAAACUCACGACGACAACAACGACGACAACAACGACGACGUCCUCGACAUUGGACCACAACCCUUCCUGAUACAACUACCACCGCUGUCGCCGCCAUCACCGUCGCCAUCAGCGAGACUACACGCCCACGUCAUCCUCGUCCAAUACAUCAAGAACGCGACAUCGCUACCUGUAUCUCUUCACAAUAUUGUUAGCUCGCUUGGCUUUGUCGCUCUCUUCGCCGCCCGGCUGCCUCCCUCCUUGUACUCUGCCAGCACAGCCUCACGCUGCCUUAUCCGUUAACCACACUGGCGGCCUCUAUUCGCCUCGCUUUACCAUCAGACGACGCCGCACCAUCGCGGCUGUGUUGCGCCUGACCUGGAGUCAUGGAUUCCGCUCCCGCCCCUCAGGAUGGCCCUGCACCACAACGGAGAAAUCGAGCCCCGACGAUCACCAUAGACCCGUCUGCCACCGGUGUCGACAACACGAGCACCGCACCAGUCAUGGCACAGAAUCCCCAGGAUGACCUCCCCAACUCGCCCGCUCAUCCCGCAGAUGAAGAAGUCAGCCCGACGACAGUACCCGAAGGCACCGGUGCUCCUUGGUCAGGACCACUGGAGAAGCCUGCAAAGCCGAAGCUUCGAGCCGACACGUCUUUCGACGCCAAGGACAGCAGCAGACCUCUGAGCCCGCACAAUGUAUCGAGUCCAGUUGCCACAUUGAGAGGAAACGACCGCGCCUUCUUGGCCGUACCCAGCAAUUUGCGCUCAAGACAGAACUCCAUCGACUCUGACGACAUGUCUUCCCAGGGUGAGACUAUCGCCGUUCUGAGCCAGUCGACCGAAAAGACCACGAAGCUUAGUCCCCUGUCCAAUGACAAGAUUAUGAACGACGAGACCGCCCUGCGACCCGACAAGGGGAGCGAGGGUGAUUUUAAUGUGGAUAACAACCCCUUCGCCUUUACCCCUGGUCAGCUCAACAAGAUGUUCAACCCCAAAAGUCUUGCUGCGUAUUAUGCGCUUGGGGGUCUGGCAGGUAUCGAAAAGGGCCUCCGAAGUGAUCGCAAGGCUGGCUUGAGUUUGGACGAGGUACAUCUCGAUGGGCGAGUCUCCUUCAGCGAGGUGACAGGCCACACUAGCUCCUCCGGCGAUUUCAAGGAGAGCGAAGCACCGGCAACCCCUGCGAGGCAGAACACCGGCCAUCACAACAAGCACGGCGACAGCGGCUUCUCCGACCGGAAGCGCGUUUUCAGGGAUAACCGAAUCCCCGAGAAGAAGGGCAAGACUCUUCUUCAACUGAUGUGGAUCACCUAUCAAGACAAAGUUCUCAUGCUCUUGACCGCUGCCGCGGUUGUUUCACUUGCCAUUGGCAUCUAUCAAACGGUGGGUUUGCCGCAUGCACCGGACGAGCCAAAGGUCGAGUGGGUUGAGGGUGUUGCUAUCGUUGUCGCCAUCGCCAUCGUCGUCAUCGUGGGAUCCCUCAAUGAUUACAGCAAGGAAAGGCAAUUUGCCAAGCUAAACAAGAGGAAGAAAGACCGUAAUGUCAAGGUUGUCCGCUCGGGUAAGACGAUUGAACUAUCCGUUCACGAACUUUUGGCUGGAGACGUCAUUCAUCUCGAACCGGGCGACCUCAUCCCCGUCGACGGAAUUCUCAUUGAGGGCUUCAACGUCAAGUGUGACGAGUCCCAGGCUACCGGAGAGUCGGAUAUCAUUAAGAAACGGAAUGGUGAGGAGGUCUUCAGCGCCAUUCAGAACGGCGACGAUCCCAAGAAGCUGGACCCCUUUAUCCAGUCCGGUGCUAGAAUCAUGGAGGGCGUCGGUACUUUCAUGGUCACCUCAACAGGCAUUCACUCUUCGUUCGGAAAGACUCUCAUGGCGCUGGACGAGGACCCCGAGGUUACCCCGCUGCAGUCAAAGCUCAACACUAUUGCCGAAUACAUUGCCAAACUCGGAGGUGCUGCUGGCCUGCUGCUCUUCAUCGUCCUGUUCAUCGAAUUCCUGGUUAGACUCCCCAAGCAACCGGCCUCCGUCACUCCAGCCCAAAAAGGCCAGGACUUCAUCAACAUCGUUAUCACCGUUGUCACCAUCAUCGUUGUGGCUGUGCCGGAGGGGCUUCCUCUCGCCGUCACACUGGCUCUGUCGUUUGCCACGAGACGCAUGUUGAAGGACCAGAACCUUGUCAGACACCUGAAGGCAUGCGAGGUCAUGGGCAACGCCAACACCAUCUGUUCGGACAAGACUGGAACUUUGACGCAAAAUAAGAUGCAGGUCGUUGCUGGCACAAUCGGCACCACGCACCGUUUCGGCGGGCAGCGGCCUUCUAGCCUGAGCGGUGAGGUUGACGCCACUCUGGAUGGCUCUGAUGACAUCUCAAUCGCCGAGUUCGCCAAGAUGCUCAGCGCGCCGGUCAAGGAGAUUCUCGUCAAGUCCAUUUCGAUCAACUCGACGGCGUUCGAGGGCGAUGUUGACGGCGAGAAGACAUAUGUCGGAUCGAAGACCGAGACAGCCUUGCUUCUCCUAGCCCGUGACUACCUCGGUAUGCGCCCCGUCGCCGAGGAACGCGAGAACGCCAAGAUUCUUCAACUCAUUCCAUUCGACUCUGGCCGCAAAUGCAUGGGCGUAGUUGUUCAGCUUCCGGACGGACGCGCAAGAGUCUAUGUCAAGGGUGCCUCUGAGAUUGUUCUUGGAAAGUGUACCCAGAUCUUCCGGGACCCCUCACAGGACGCUGCGCUCGCGCAGAUGACGGAGCCAAACUUUCAAACGAUUACCACCCUCAUCAACACCUACGCUUCUAGAUCGCUUCGAACCAUUGGUCUUGCCUACAGAGACUUUGAGCAGUGGCCCCCUCGCAAUGCCCGCCGUGUCGAUGGGGGCGAGAAUGUCGACUUCGACUUCAUGUUCCAAUCCAUGGCUUUUGUCGGGAUGGUGGGAAUCCAAGACCCCUUGCGCGAGGGGGUUCCCGAAGCCGUCAGGCUUUGCCAAAAAGCGGGUGUUAUGGUUCGCAUGGUUACUGGGGACAACAAGCUCACCGCCGAGGCCAUCGCCAGGGAGUGCGGGAUCCUGCAGCCUAACGGUAUCGUCAUGGAAGGCCCCGAAUUUCGCAAUUUGACCAGGUCUGAGCAAGAGGCUAUCAUACCAAGACUCUGCGUUCUUGCUCGCUCCAGCCCUGAGGACAAGCGCAUUUUGGUCAAGCGUCUCAAGGCCAAGGGGGACAUUGUUGCUGUGACCGGCGAUGGAACGAACGAUGCUCCUGCCCUUAAGACGGCCGACGUUGGCUUCUCCAUGGGUAUUGCCGGUACCGAAGUUGCCAAGGAAGCAUCGUCGAUCAUCCUCAUGGACGACAACUUCAACUCUAUUGUCAAGGCCUUGAAAUGGGGGCGUGCCGUCAACGACGCCGUCAAGCGAUUCCUUCAGUUCCAGCUUACAGUCAACAUCACUGCCGUCAUUCUCACGUUUGUUACUGCGGUUAGCAGCACUUCGGUCUUGACUGCUGUGCAGCUGCUUUGGGUCAACCUGAUCAUGGACACGCUUGCUGCCCUCGCUCUCGCCACGGAUCCCCCUCAAGAUAGCGUGCUCGACAGGAAGCCCGAGAGACGUAACUCGUCAAUUAUUACGACGACCAUGUGGAAGAUGAUUCUUGGACAGGCGGUCUACCAGCUUGCGAUUACGUUUAUGCUUUUCUAUGGAAAGGAAGCUAUUGUCCCCGGUCCCGAGCACAUCCCUGAUGAGCAGAUCGCCACGCUGGUCUUCAACACCUUCGUGUGGAUGCAGAUCUUCAACCAGUGGAACAACCGUCGCUUGGACAAUAACUUUAACAUCUUUGAGGGACUCACGAAGAACUACUUCUUCAUCGCUAUCAGCGCUAUCAUGAUUGGUGGACAGGUCCUCAUCGUCUUCGUCGGUGGCGCUGCUUUUCAGAUCGCUUCCGAGGGCCAGACCGGGACGCAAUGGGCCAUGGCUGUAAUUCUGGGCCUGAUUUCAAUUCCGGUCGGUGUAAUCGUCCGUCUCAUUCCUGACGCUCUCAUCGAGCGCCUUGUCCCUGACUACCUCAAACGCCGUGCCAAGGACACCGUCCCUGGUCUCACGGUGUCGGACGAGGAGCAGUUUGAGAUGUACCCGGCGCCACUUUCGGACGUCCGUGAUGAACUGGCGUUUAUUAAGCGUAUGAAGGGAGGCCGCCUGAAUAACCUCAAGUUUGCGGUACAGCACCCCCGGGAAACAUUCGCUCGCACGCGCAGCCCGUCACACUCGCGCAGCAACUCAGUCACGUCUCCAUCAACACCCACACGGGAGGAUAGCUUCGGCUCGAUCGCCGCGACUCCUGACUCUCGCAAGCGCUCCCGCAGCUCGCGCAGUCGGUCCAACUCGGCACUCGGCGCCCCAACUGUCAUGGCGGGCAUUGUGGCUGCCGGUAUCGCGGCCAAUUGGUCGCCGGCGGAUCGCAGACGUCGUGAUAGCGAAGACUCUGACAGCAACGCUAGGAGAGGGGUUUCCCGAGAAAACUCGAUACGCGAAGAACCGCGUGAGGAACGCACAGACGAGAAGACGGCGCGGGAAUAAGAGUACAUUUAUUGUCGCCCGGUGCUGGCGACAUUGUUGAUAUGGCGAGGCGGUGUUUUCUGGGCGAACGAACAAACGGAAUUGCCCAAUAAAGAGCGCGCAAUGUAUAUUUUUAAACGAGUAUAUGGGUCUCCGCGCAGCAGGCUAUGCUGCCUCUGGGAGAGUUAUUCCACCCCACUGCCUUUGUCUUCCUUUUAUUUUCCUUCUUUUUCUAGCAUAGAGCCCGUACAGGACGACGGAAGAAGCCGCGAUGGGUUGAAAACGGCUGAGAGAACUAUUAAUUACAAAGACAAUUCCAUCCAACAUCGACUUGACUUGUGAGUGAAAAGUGACUGAGAAUUUUCUGGUGGUGGUGGAUUGGCUUUCCCAUGUAUGGGCAAGCAGUUCAACCGCAUGCCGAUGGAGAAAAGUACCA